AAAUCCCCACCCCCCCCAGCGCCAUCGCUGGGGGUCGGGGCUGGGGGGGGGAGCACCCCAUGGAGUGGGGCCGAGCAUCCCCCUCCCCAUCCCCCCCGGCGGGGUCCCACUCCCCCUCACCCCCCCUUUCCCCAUCACCCCCCUUUUCCCCCCUUUUCCCAGAGGGGUCCCGCUCCCCUUUCUCCCCCUCCCCGAGGGGGUCCCGCUCCCCUUCUCCAUCCCCAGCAGGGUCCCGUUCCCCAUCCCCCCCAUUCCCGGGGGGAUCCCGCUCUCCUUCUCCUCCAUCCCCGGGGGGAUCCCGCUCCCCAUCCCCACCGGGGGGCUGGGAACCAGCCCGGGCAGCUUUCGGGGAGCUGCGGCUGGAGGAGGUGAUCGGGGCCGGGGGCUUCGGCCGCGUGUUCCGGGGUACGUGGAGGGGUCAGGUGGUGGCGGUGAAGGCGGCGCGGGGGGACGCGGGGGCGGCGGGGGCCGCCAGCCUGCGGAGGGAGGCUCGGCUCUACGCCCGCCUGCGACACCCCAACGUGGUGGCCCUGAGAGCCGUGUGCCUGGAGCCCCCCCACCUGUGCCUGGUGAUGGAGUUUGCGGCGGGGGGGCCGCUGUCCAGGGCUCUGGCCGGCCGCAGGGUCCCCCCCGCCGUCCUGCUGGACUGGGCGCGCCAGGUAGCGCGGGGGAUGAGGUACCUGCACUCCGGGACCCCCGUACCCCUCAUCCACCGUGACCUCAAAUCCAGUAAUGUGCUGCUGGCCCAGCCCGUGGUGGGGGACGAUGUGAGUGGGAAAACGCUGAAAAUCACCGAUUUUGGGCUGGCCCGGGAGUGGCAGCGAACGACCAAGAUGAGCGCGGCCGGGACCUACGCCUGGAUGGCCCCCGAGGUCAUCCGAGCAUCCACCUUCUCCAAGGGCAGCGACGUCUGGAGUUACGGGGUGCUGCUGUGGGAGCUGCUGACCGGGGAGGUGCCGUACCGGGGCAUCGACGGCCUGGCCGUGGCCUACGGGGUGGCCGUGAACAAACUGACCCUGCCCAUCCCGUCCACCUGCCCCCCGCCCUUCGCCCAGCUCAUGGCAGCCUGCUGGGAGCAGGACCCCCACCGGCGGCCGGGCUUUGGGACCAUCCUGCGGCGCCUGGGGGGGCUGGAGCCGGGGGGGCUGGGGCCCCCCGAGUCCUUCCACUCCCUGCAGGAGUCCUGGCGCCGUGAGAUCCAGGGGCUCUUCGACGAGCUGAGGGCACGGGAGAAGGAGCUGCGCAGCCGGGAGGAAGCCGUGGCCAGGGCCUCGAGAGCCCAGCGCUCCCAGGCCGAGGCGCUGCGGCAGCGCGAGGCCGCCGUGGCCCGCAGGGAGCUGGAGGUGCUGGAGAGGGAGCUCAGCCUCAUGCUCAGGGGACCCCCCCGGCCCCCCCCGGCCCCCAAGCGACGCCGACCUCCCUUUCGGAGACCACGGAAGCCAGCGGACCUCAUUGGCAUGCCCCAGGAUUUCAAGCACCGCCUGACGGUCCAGGCCUCACCCGGGGGGGACCCCCGGAGCCACGACCCCGAGGAUGGGCCGGGGGAAUCCCCCCCCUUCCCCCGCCUGCGCGCCAUCCAGCUGGAGCCCGAGGAGGAGGAGGAGCCGCCGCGGGGCCGCGGGGGCCGGGGCGGUGCCCCCAAUGGCAGGCGGCGGCUGCGGCCGGACGAGACCACCUGGUACCUGGACACGGAGGAGCUCAGCCCGGGGGACGCGUCCCCCAACGGUGAGGCCGGGCCCCCGGAGGCUGAGGAGGGUCGGGGGUCUCGGGGAGGGACCCCCCGGCUGCUGCGGAGGGCGCUGCUGAAGGGCUCGGCCCUGCUGGCGUCUCUGGGGCUGGGUCGUGACCUGGCCCCCCCCGAGUCCCCCCGCAGCCCCCCGCCCUCCCCCGGCCUCCUGCGCCUCUCCCCGCGCCGCUGGGAGCGGACCCUGGGGUCCCCAGAGUCACCCGGGACCCCUGAGAUGGGUCGUGCCUGGACACCCGGGACCCCUGAGCCAAACCAAGCCCGGACCCCCGGAUCCCCCGAUCCCAGUGGAGUCCGGACCCCCGGGACCCCCAGGACCCCCGGGACCCCCGAGCAGGGGCGAACCCAGACCCCCGGGUCCCCAGAUCCCAGCGGAAUCCGGACCCCCGGGACCCCCAAGAUCCCCGGGACCCCCGAGCAGGGGCGAGCCCGGACCCCCAGGACCCUGGAGCUGAAUUGGUCCUGGACCCCUGAGCAAGGGGGAGCCAGGACCCCCGGGACCCCGGGGACCCCCGAGCAGGGCCGUGCCCGGACCCCCGGGACCCUGGAGCUGGGUCAGCCCCGGACCCCUGGGACCCCUGAGCCACGUCGUGCCCGGACUCCCGGGACCCCCGAGCUGGGGCUGCAGCCUUCACCCCGGGGAGCGCGGAGACCCCGAGAGCUGAGCCCAGCUGGGACCCCCGAGUGGGGCCCCGCCCGGCCCCGCCCCUCCCCGCUCCGCCCCCGCAUCGAUCCCUGGAGCUUCGUGUCCGCGGGACCGCGCCGGGCCCCUCCCCCCGCCGAGCCCCGCCCCCGAGACCCUUUCACCGACCAAUGAGAGCUCCCGCACCGCCUUGGAUCCGCCCCCGCCACACUACUGAGACCAAUGAGCGGCCGCGAAGGACAUGAUUGACAACAACAAGUCCUGCCCCUGGCGCGGGCCACGCUCCCGCCGGGUUGUGAUUGACAGCUGCUGCGGCGGAAGCUCCGCCCACGCGGACACGCCAUUGGGCAAAGCAAAGGGCAUUAGAAAAGCCCCGCCCCCUCCUGGGCGGGGCCCCACGGCAGGAAAUCACGCCCCCUCCCAGGGCAAACCAGGAAGCUCCGCCCUGAUUGGUGGGCGCGCGGAGACCACGCCUCCUCUCUGCGGAAGCCCCGCCCCCAGGCGGUCCCGACACUGGACGGG